AUGUGUGAUUUUGAGGUCCGCGUGCUGGGCAAUGUACAUCAUCAUACAGUCCAAUGUGUACUUAUGAUCAACAUGUUCAAUGAGAAAAUUUUUUUAUUCCUGUGGUAUAGAAGUUUCAAGCUCUCAUUUCGGUCUACAACAAAAUUGAACUAUGCUCUUUUAGGUUCUGGUAUUUUAUGGUGUCAAUUGUGUCAGUGA